AUGGAUCCAUCAAAUCACCCAAUCGGCCCCGGGGGGCGCCGCCUCCACAUUGGGCAUAGAAGAACUCCAUCGGAGAUGACGCCGUUCAUGGCCCAACAACUUCAACUCGGUAUUCAGGCUGGGCAGCUGCCUACCGUUGAGCAGCUUGCGAUUCAGCAGCAGAUUGAGCUACUCCAAGCUCAGCAACAGCAAAUUCUUGCUCAGCAGCAGUACCUCAACCAGCACGCUGCACAACAACAACAGCAAGCUUUUGCAUUUGCUCAAGCUCAGGGGUCGAACCUCGGCCAGGGACCAGCGUUCCAAUUCCCACCUCCACAACCGCAGGGUAUUCCAGCUGGGAUCCCAACGCAACCUGCUGGUAACCGUAGACAGUCAAGUGUCGUCUCUAAUGCUAGCCAAAACCCCGCUGGUGGACCUCCACCAGCUCCAUCUUCGGGUGCGUCUAACUUCGGUGAAUUUUCCAUGCCUGGCUUAACUCAUUCCAACUCUACUGGUCGGAGCACCGAAGGCGGAGGUACCCUUCCUCGCCGUUCUGGUGGUAGUGGUAGUGGUCAUCAACGUCGUCAUUCGCUCGCUCUCCCGGAGGCCAAGAAAGCCGCCGAGCUCGCGCAGCUGGCUCGUAAAGGCGGUACCAGUCCAGCACCAGGUGGUUCGCAAACUAGCACUUUCCCAUUCCCCGCUGGUGGUGAGAAGUCGGCAACGGCUUCUGGCACUCCAGCUGCUACCACGCCCUCAGCUGAAGGAGCUGGAGCUGCUAAAGAAGGAGAGUCUGCUCCUACCCCCACCCUUAGUUCUACCUCUGGAAAUGUCAGCGGUGGUCUUCCAACCCGCUCUCGUCUAAGUGGACAUGGUCGUAGCCACAGCAUGGCCGUCGGAAAUACCAAGUCACCACUCACCGGUGGUAGGAUGGGAGGUUUCCAGUUCCCUGCCACUCAGUCCGGUACCAAUGAAAACGCCCCACCUAGCGACAACCCCCCAACUCGUGAACGUCGCAGUAGCAAUGCUGGGUAUGGUGGUGGGCACGGCCGUACACCGUCGCGUAACUUUGAAGGUAAUUGGCGUCAACAGGCCAACCCACCUUCUGCGCAAGACCCAAUGCCACAGGUUCAGCAAAAUCUCAAUACUUUUACCCCAGGACAUCGCUCCCGCGCCUCUGUUGGUGGUGGUUCGAUCAGUAAUAUGGGUGGUAUGGGACAAUUCCAAUUCCCGGGUCAAGCACUCGGUGUAAUUCCAGGUGCCCCACAAUUAAUGUUUAAUCCCGUCAAUCCAGCCCUGUUGAAUGCCAAUCUGCUUCAGCAGCAGCAACAGUUUAACCUCCAGCAAGCUGCCGCUCAGGGCUUGAUUAGUGGACACAACCUCGCUAUGGUUGGCAUGGGAGGCCAACAGAAUCAUAUGGCUGCUCAACAGCAACAGCAGCGAAAGACUCUCUUUACACCAUACCUUCCACAGGCUUCCCUCCCUGCUCUUUUGAGCAAUGGGCAGCUUGUAUCUGGUAUCAUGCGUGUCAACAAGAAGAAUCGCAGUGAUGCAUACGUCGCUACGCAAGACGGUUUGUUAGAUGCCGAUAUUUUCAUUUGCGGUAGCAAGGACAGAAAUCGUGCUUUAGAGGGCGAUUUGGUCGCGGUUGAGUUGUUGGAUGUCGAUGAAGUCUGGGGCCAGAAGAAAGAGAAAGAAGAAAAGAAGAAGCGCAAGGAUAUCUCCGACACUAGGACUGGCGGAGAUCGACCGAGCAAUUCUACGUCUCAAGGAGAUGGACAGGAUGAUGGCAAUGGUGGUGGGCUCCGCCGCCGCGGCUCUCUUCGCCAACGCCCGACCCAAAAGAAGAAUGACGAUGUUGAAGUUGAGGGCCAAAGUCUUCUUCUCGUCGAGGAAGAAGAAAUUAGUGACGAACACAAGCCAUUGUACGCUGGGCAUAUCGUAGCCGUCAUAGAAAGAGUGGCUGGACAAAUGUUUUCUGGUACUCUUGGUUUGUUGCGCCCGAGCUCCCAGGCUACCAAGGAGAAGCAAGAGGCGGAACGCCAGGCUGCUGGGCGUCCAGCUGCCCCUGAGCGCCGCGAAGAGAAACCAAAGAUUGUUUGGUUCAAACCUACCGAUAAGCGUGUCCCUCUCAUUGCAAUUCCCACCGAGCAAGCUCCCAAAGAUUUCGUUGAGAACCAUCAAGCGUAUGCGAACCGUAUUUUCGUGGCAUGCAUAAAACGCUGGCCAAUCACGUCGUUACAUCCGUUUGGUACUCUCGUGGAGCAACUUGGUGAAAUGGGGGAUGUCAAAAUUGAGACUGACGCCUUACUCCGAGACAACAAUUUUGGUCCCGACGAGUUCAACGAUGCUGUCUUGAAGAAUGUUGGCUUUGAUGAGUGGAGCGUUGAGUUUGAAGGGGAAGCUGCUGCAAAACGCAGGGACUUCAGAGACGUUCGCACUUUCACGAUCGACCCAAGUGGUAGUGAAGACUUGGAGGAUGCGAUCCACAUAAGGAAGGAUCGUGAUGGCGUUAUGGAGAUUGGUAUCCACAUCACCGACGUCGCUCACUUUGUUAAGCUUAACUCCUUGGUCGACCGUGAGGCGAAGAAGAGGGGUAUUGGUGUCUCUCUCAUCAAUAGGAAUGUCCCGAUGCUGCCACCUAAGCUUGCCGAGGGUCUUUGUUCCCUUGCCCCAGGGGCCGAACGGUUCACCGUUUCCGUCGUGAUCAAGGUUGAUACCGAGACGUGCCAGGUGUUGGAGGAUGAAACUUGGAUCGGAAAGAGCAUCAUCAAGAGUGUUGGCAAGUUGUCGUAUAAAGAUGUCGACAGCAUCGUCCAUGGCAUUGACAUGAGUGGUUUGGAUGCUGGUCUUAUUGAGGAUGUCAAGCUUCUCCAACGCAUCACCUACAAGUUCCGUCAAGACAGAUUCCAAGCCGGGGACAUAUCCGUUCCUGCGCUUCGUCUAUUCUUCCAAAUCGACGACGAAAAUGUUCCAGUUGAAGACAAUCUUUUCAACACCACUCCUUCCCACGAGAUUAUUGAGGAACUUAUGAUCAAGGCCAACACCUAUGUUGCUGCGAAGUUACAAGCCGCUUUCCCUGAGAAAGCCAUUCUUCGUCGACAUGCAACUCCGAUGAAGCGUCGCCUCGAUACCUUCGCUGAUAGAAUGAACGCUAUCGGCUAUGAUAUCGACGUCUCGAGCAGUGCUGCCUUGCAAAAGAGUUUGUUCAAAGUUGAAGAUGAGGAUAUCCGCAAGGGUAUGGAAACCUUGCUCAUCAAGACGAUGCAUCGUGCCAAGUACUACAUUCCGGCUAAGGUCCCGCCAGAGUAUCGAUCUCACUUCACUCUGAAUAUUCCAAUCUUUACCCACUUCAAUUCCCCAAUUCGCCGAUAUGCGGAUAUAAUGGUUCAUCGCCAACUCGAUGCCAUUCUCAAUGCUCCAGAUGGCACUACACCAGACAUUCCCGAGGACGUUGAUACUCUUUCUAAGGCUGUUGAGCAGUGCAACGUUAAGAAAGACUCCGCUAAGAACGCACAAGAGCAGAGCGUUCACCUUGAACUCUGCCGUGUCGUUGAUCGCCGUCGCCAGGAAGCCGGUGGUGAAUUGAUCUGCGAAGGAAUUGUCAUCUGCGUCUACGAAUCGGCGUUCGAUGUCUUGAUCCCUGAGUACGGCUUCGAGAAGCGUGUUCAUUGUGACCAACUCCCACUCAAAAAAGCAGAAUUCGACAAGAAAAAGCGAGUCCUUGAGCUUUACUGGGAGAAGGGUGUAACCAGCUCCUCGUUUGUCCCUGAAGACGAGCGUCCCAAGCAUGCGGGAUCCAUCCGCGCAGCUCAUAACGCAGCAGCUGCCAAUGCUGCCGCUGCCGCUGCCGCCCAACAGAAAGAGAAAGAAGAGGCUGCGCGCCGCGCUACCGAAGCCGCCACUCUGUCCGCUGACGCCGUUGAUGCUCUCUUUGACGAUGAUGAUGUCGAUAACAUUGACGAAAAUGAUGUUGCAGAGGCCAUCGGAGGUGUUUCUUUGUCUGGGGAAUCUACCCGCCCGACCCAAAGCAUGCCCGGAAGCCCUACCAAAAACCUUGGGCAACAGCCGCAUCGCACCCGAAGCGACCCUAAGUUGUCAGUUACCGCUGCUAAAGAUAAGACGAAGAAACAGAAUAUGAACUCCAAGGAGUUCUGGAUGCCGUACUGGAGCCUAAAGGAGGAUGGCAGUGAUUAUAUCCAGUACAUCAAAGAGAUGACUAGGGUUCCAGUUAUUUUGAGGGCUGAAUUAAGCAAGAGUCCUCCAUGCCUCACCACCCGCACUAUCAACCCAUAUGCAUUCUAA